AUGGCAGGUGAAACAGAUCCGAAGAGGAAUGAUAGCCAGGUUGUUCAGCCGAGCGCACCACAGAGCCAGCAAAAUGCGGUCGAUCAAGAGGAUUACUCCGUGUUCACUGUGAACCAGAAAAGGGCCAUCGUGGCAGCUGCCUCGUUGGCUAGUUUCUAUUCUCCCCUAUCGUCGAGUAUAUACUUUCCUGCAUUGGAGACCAUCGCAUCGUCCUUGGGUGUGUCGACUUCCAAGGUCGAUAUCACCGUCACCACAUACUUGAUCAUGCAAGGCAUCGCCCCCAUGUUCAUCGCCGGCUUCUCCGACACUGCAGGCCGCCGUCCCGCAUACCUAAUCUGCUUCACGAUCUACCUCGCCGCGAACCUCGGCUUAGCCCUACAGAACAGCUACGCCGCGCUUCUCGUGCUCAGAUGUGUCCAAAGCGCCGGUAGCAGUGGCACCGUGGCGCUCGCUAACGGGGUUGUCAGCGAUAUUGUCACCUCUGGCGAACGGGGCGCGUAUAUCGCCUAUGCUUCGCUGGGAAGUAUGCUGGGGCCGUCGCUUUCGCCGGUGAUCGGGGGGUUGAUUAGCCAGUUCGUAGACUGGCACUGGAUCUUCUGGUUCCUGCUUAUCUUCGCGGGAGUGUUUUUCAUCAUCCUCGCACUGUUCCUACCAGAGACAUGCCGCAAGGUCGUGGGCGAUGGAUCAAUCCCCCCACCGGCCCUAAACACCUCCGUGAGCGAUAUAAUCCGACACCAACGACGCCAGCAAAAAGGCCUCACCCCACCCCCAUCAAAAACCACCGCCCUCCGCAAAAACACCACCUUCCACCUCCCCUCCCCCCUCCCAACCCUAAAAGUCUCCUUCGACCUAGAAACAGCCGCCAUCCUCCUCACAACAGGCCUCCUCUUCGCCUGCUUCUACGCCAUCAUGACCGGUGCCACAACCACCUUCCACGAAGUCUACCACUUCAAUAACAUCCAAACAGCCCUAAUGUACAUCCCCAUCGGCGCGGGCGGGAUCCUUUCCGCCUUCACCACGGGAUACUUUGUCGAUAGGAAUUACCGACGACACGCGCGUCGCGCAGGUCUACCUGUUAUCCGGAACCGGGCGACGGAUAUAAGCAACUUUAACAUCGAAAAGGCACGUAUUGAAAUCGCCCUGCCAAUGUACUACCUCACCAGUAUCACAAUCAUAGCGUAUGGCUGGGUCAUGGGGCGACAAGUCCACCUCGCAGCGCCCGUCAUUCUGCUCUUUCUCUGUGGCUGGGCACUUAAUGGCACGUCGCAGGUUCUCAAUGCGUUGAUGGUUGAUAUCUGGCCUGGACGGUCCGCCGCCGCCACGGCUGCGAAUAACCUGUUUCGGUGUGAACUGGGCGCGGCCGCUUCGGCGGCUAUUAACCAUAUGCGGUUGGCGAUGGGGUGGGGAUGGGCGUAUACGGUGUUGGCGUUAAUAUCGAUUUCGGCUUCGCCGGCGCUGUGGUUGGUGUCGAGGUAUGGGAUUCGGUGGAGGCAGAAGAGGGUUGGGAAGGAGAGGGUGAAGGCGUUGGCGUUGGGGGAGGGAUCUUGA